AUGCUGGCUGCGCGCCAGAUACAGGACGGACAGGCAGUCUGGACGACGCCACCCAGUUCACCGCGUGCUCGCCCCAGAGUGCCGCCCACGCCGCAGCCCUUGAGACGGGCGAUGGUGGAGCCCUUGCUGCUGGGCCUGCAGCGGAACUGCUGGAAGCAGGUGCGCCGCGUCCUCGAGGCAGACCCGGAGGCUGCCAAGCUGCCGUUCCUGGAGCAACGCUUCGAGUGGCCGCUCUGCGCCGCCAUCCGGCUGGGGUGCAGUGAGGCGAUUGUCAGGUUGCUGACCGAGAACGGCGCGGAGGCCGACGUGACGAACGGCAUGGGGCUCUCCCCGCUCCAGGUCCUGAGCUCGGGGGCCCACGCGAUCCUCGCCGCCCCGCCCCUGGACCUGCGGGCAGCUCCCGGCACCGCCGAGUGGACAGCACGGAUGCGCGAGCUCGCCGCGGAGCGCGAGCUCGGCGUGGCCACGGCGCUGCUGAGGGCGGGCGCGGAUCCGGAGGCGUCCCACGGCGGCCCCGGCAGAGGACAUCCCUCGAGUCUUGAGCUCGCCCGGCGCGCUGGGAAGGAUCACCUGGUCGGCCUGUUCGAGACCCUCGGCCACGUGCACACGGUCUGA